UGGGACAUAAUUGACAUGGCCGCGGAAUCUCCCCCUGACUGAACGCUGCGCUGGUGGAGCAGACUGGAGGGAGCAAGGAUUGCCAAAGUUGUGUCUGGGUCGAAAGUGGAGCUUUGGAGUUUCUUUCAACAUCAUUUUAUUGCAGCGAGGAGAUCUUCCCUCGAGCCAUCCCGCUCACAAUGACACUGCUGUGCUCCACAGUUGGCUUCAGUUGCCUGCUGAGUCACUGUGGUGCAACUCUGCAUCUUCCAUCAAUUUAUGCGUUAGCCCAGUCACUCAGAUGUCACAAAUCAACCAAAGAUUGUGAAAUCAUCUCAAAUAAAUGAACACGUCCAUCUUCCUCACAGCACACAACCAGGGCAGCCAAAGAGGAAAGGCAGUCCAGGAAAGUUCUCCAUGAAUGUACGUCACAAUGAUGAUGACAGACCAGAUUCCGCUGGACCUGCCGCCACCACUAUUGAACGGGGAGGUGGCCAUGAUGCCGCACAUGAUUAAUGUUAAUGGCGAUGGGUCGCAACAGGUGAUCCUUGUGCAAGUCAACCCUGGAGAGACGUUCACCAUCAGAGCAGAGGAUGGAUCCCUGCAAUGCAUUCAAGGGCCUGCUGAGGUUCCGAUGAUGUCACCCAAUGGAUCCAUCCCACCCAUUCAUGUGCCUCCUGGCUACAUCUCCCAGGUGCUGGAGGACAACACAGGUGUCCGGAGAGUGGUAGUCACCCCUCAGUCUCCAGAAUGCUAUCCUCCCAGCUAUUCUCCAGCUAUCUCUCCGACUCAUCACUUACCUCCAUACAUGGCCCCACCACCCUUUAUUCCCAACUCACACACGGCUUUCUACCCACCCGUCAGCCCUGGGGACAUUUCCCCCCACCAGUACUACCAUCACCAUAUCCCGCCUAUGUACAAUGAAGAGAUAAUUCCUGUGUACGGGAUGAACUACCUUGGGCGGGAUGAGACAUUCAAACCGCCACCAAAGAAGAUGAAGGACAGACUGGAGCGUCAGAAUCGUCUCAACAGCCCUCCUUCCAUCUAUAAGAGCAAUGUGGGCUGCAACAACAUGUACAAUGGCUAUGGCAAGGUCCACGGAAAUCUUGGGGGUGGUGGAGGAGGGGGAAGCAGUCCCGGAGCUAAAAAAACCACCCGUGGAGCUCGGAGUAGCCCCAGAUCCAGCGAGCCAGACUUACAAGAUCAUGAUUCAGAAGCAAAGAGAGUUCAGGAUGUUCUUUCGGGAAUGGAAAAACCACAGGUUCUUAAUGUCCAGGCCCGGACAGCUCGACUGACUUGGGCUCCACCAGCAGGCCUCCAGAACAGAGACAGGCACAGUAACGGACACCCCUUUACCUGCAGCUACGAGGUCACUCUCUCAGACAAAGGUCGUAACGGCCAGUACCGUGUCAUUUAUAGUGGAGAGGAGUUGGAAUGCAAUUUAAAAGAUCUCAGACCAGCAACAGACUACCACGUAAGAGUGAAUGCUGUUUGCAAUUCUAUGAAGGGUCCGUGCUCUGAGGUGGGGUCCUUCACCACCCACAGCAGUACCCCAGACUGCCCGCUGCCCCCUAAACUAUCCCACCGCACAAAGAGCACGCUCACCCUACAGUGGAAGGCACCAGUUGAUAAUGGAUCGAAAAUCACAAGUUACCUUUUAGAGUGGGAUGAGGGCAAAAAGACCAACAAUUUCAGAGAAUGUUACUUCGGAAGCCAAAGGCACUACAAACUCACUCAUCUGUGUCCAGCUAUGGCCUACACAUUUCGGGUGGCGGCACGCAACGACAUAGGAAUGAGUGGCUUUAGUCCUGAGGUGGUCUUCUACACGACUGGAAGUCUGCCCCAUUUGCCCCACGCUCCUCGGCUGGUGCGUGCCGGCAUCACAUGGAUCACGCUGGAGUGGAGCCGGCCAGUUGGCUGUACCGCAGAGGAGCCCGUCACAUACAAGCUGGAGAUCCAGGAAGAGAACAUUGGAACAGAGUUUCACCCAAAGUACACUGGACAAAACUUGACAUGUACUGUAGAGGGCCUGAAGAGAAGCACGCAGUAUAAAUUCAGGCUCAUAGCCUCUAACUUGGAGGGCAGAAGCAGUCCCAGUGAGGUGCUGGUGUGCAACACUAGUCCAGACAAACCUGGACCCCCCUCCAGACCCUGCAUCGUGGGCUCUAUCAGACCCUACAGCUUCAGUGUCAAAUGGGAUCCUCCACAAGACAACGGAGGUUCAGAAAUCUUAAAAUACCUCUUGGAGAUUUCAGAAGGAAAUUCUGAUGCCAAUCAGUGGGACAUUGCAUACAGUGGGCCUUCCACAGAGUGUGAGUGUGAGGAUUUGAAACCCGGCACAAUGUACAGACUUCGCACCUGCAGCAUCAGCACAGGUGGCCAUAGCCAGUGCUCUGAGAGUCUGCCUGUGCGCACACUAUCUGUAGCUCCAGGACGUUGCCAGCCUCCCAGAAUUGUGGGUAAAGCCAAGCACAAAGAAGUGCACUUACGAUGGGACUGUCCCUCCUCAGAGGGGGCAUGUGAGGUGAAUGAGUACAGUUUGGAAAUGAGGGAGGGAGAGUCGGAGCCCACCGAGGUCUAUCACGGCUCUGAUCUGGAGUGCACCGUGGGCAGUCUGCUUCCCGGCGCCACCUACAGUUUUCGCCUGCGUGCUGCCAACGAGGCAGGGUAUGGGCUGUUCUCUGAACCAACAGAAAUAACAACCGCAGCUGGUCCUCCCAGCCAAUGUGCGGCCCCAUCCCUUACCUUAAUGUCCAAUACCUGUGUGCUGGUCAGCUGGGAGAGUCCAGAGAGCUCAGGGGCCGACAUCUCUGAGUACCGUCUGGAGUGGGGCCGAGAGGAAGAGCCCAUGGAGCUGAUCUACUGCGGCCCUGACACGCAGUGUGAGAUCUCAGACCUGACACCUGCAACUCAUUACUACUGCAGACUACAGGCGGUGAAUCAAGCAGGUGCAGGACCGUACAGCGAGCACACAAGCUGUCAGACCCCUGCCACCGUUCCCGACCCGGUCUCAGUGUUGUGUGUACUUGAGCACGAUGCCACAGAUUGCGGCGUCUACUCACCUUCCACAUGUCUGGCUUUGAAAUGGGACGAGCCCUGCAACAAUGGAGAGGAGAUAAGGUCCUACACUCUUAAACUGGGAGAGCAGCUCAUCAGCUUGGGCACCAGCACCUGCCAUGUGCUGCAGAACCUCCAGCCUGACAGUGAAUACAGUCUGCAGAUUCAAGCAGUUAAUGAGAUUGGUGCUGGUCCCCUCUGCCCUCCCCUGCUGGCCCGCACCAGGCCUCUGCCACCUGUCCCUCCCCGACUGGAGUGCACUGCUGCAGGACCCCAGAGCCUCAAACUCAAGUGGGGAGACAGCAGCAAUGCCAAGAGCCUGCUUGGAGAAGAGAUGGUCUACAACUUACAGAUGGAGGACAAGAACAGGAGGUUUGUCACAAUUUACAGAGGCCCAAGCCACACGUAUAAGGUACAGAGACUAAGUGAGUCGAGCAGCUACUGUCUCAGGAUUCAAGCUGUGAGCGAGGCAGGAGAAGGGUUUUUCUCUGAAAUACACACCUUCCAUACCACCAAAUCUGUUCCUCCAGCUCUCAAGGCUCCUAAAGUGGUACAGUUGGAAGGGAAUGUGUGUGAGGUCAGCUGGGAGAGCAUUCCACCAAUGAGAGGAGACCCCAUCAUCUACAUCCUACAGGUGCUGGUGGCCAGAGAAUCCGAAUACAAACAGUUAUAUAAGGGAGAGGACACAACCUUCCAGAUCUCGGGGCUACAAAACAACACAGACUAUCGCUUCCGCGUGUACGUGUGUCGGCGGUGUCAGGACAACGCUCAGGAGCUGUGUGGACCCCUCAGCCCAUCCUCGCUCUUCACACUGCGGCGUACAGAGCUCGCGCUGCCUGGAGAGCCCAGCUCCACCGAGACCCUGAAGCCCAGCGGCAUGUUCGCCACGGACGAACGCUUCGCGGCCGUCUUAGUCGGGGCUUUCGCGGCCCUAUCCUUCCUCAUCGCUUUUGUGGUGGAAUACUUCUUCAUGAAGUGAAGAUAUUAAAAAGCAACGCCAAACCAGCAGCCAGUCAAGAAAGAAAACAUUUACGUUUCAAGUAACACACAAACACUUAAAGUAUACAUCCGAUUCGACGUACUGUAGGAUGAGUAAUUUAAACAGGCUCUCUUCUCGUCUUUUACCCCCUCUCUCUCUCUCUCUCUCUCUCUCUAAUGCCUUCCAGCCUGCCUGUGCAUCACUGUGUCACCCGCUCUUUUACAGCGUGUGGAUUUUGCUCUGAACUCUUGGGGAAGCAAAACCACAUCACGAAGCCUUACGAAGAGUUGCCCGUUUUUGCAUGCUUCGUUUUUUUUUGUAUCCCUUUAAGUGUACGUAUAUGUUGGGAGGAAAAUGUAUCAGUAUUUUCUCCACGUUCAUGGCCUUACUUUUGUUUUAUCCAAGUGUGCUUCACAGCAUUUGUUUCACAGCCAUAUACGAGUUGUUGGAAUCAUAGCUUUAUCAUGGUGUAAAACCCACAAUCACAGUCCACCCAGUGCCGUUUUAACAUACACGAUCGCGUGAUCUUCACAGAUUGUUUGUGCGUCACAGUACGAAACCUUCUCAGAAACAGGAAAAAACCUGUUACCGUUGUAAGACUGUUGUAAAGCCCCCUGCAUUAAGCUGCCAAAGCAAGUGUGGUUUAAGUGAUGCUGCUAUUGUGUGUUUAUAUUUCCUACGAACGGAAUCAGUUAUCUAAUAUAUAUAUAGAUACAAAUAUAAAUCUAUAAAAUUCUAUAGAGCUGUUGUAAUAUAAGUAACAAUGAGUUUGAAGUAGAUCUCUCAUUUGGAGCGUGUCGAUUCCCAUUCUAUGGUGCUUUAUCUGUGGUCAGUAGUGUUGGCGGGCGAGGGUAAGGGAAGUGUGACGUCCUCUGCAACCACGCACCCUCUCUCCGCCAUCUAGUCCUAAGGCGCCUCUAGUCCAGAGCUACUUCUCGCCUUCCCGAAUGACUUGGCUAGGCUAACGUCGCCCUCUCAGACUGAUUUUGGGCUCUGCUGAUGCCUGGAGUCACAAUAGUUUCCUCACUCUGUGAAUGGCGUUCGUCCCCAGGACUUCGCCCCCUAGUGUUUGAAUGUUUCAUCUUCUUUGAAACCCGUGAAGCCAGUCGGACAGUUCUAAGGUGCUUUUACCAAGGUUAUUGUCGAAAGCAGCAGUGAAUUCCUCCACCCGCUGCACCUGAUGUUCAUGCCAAACAGCCUGAUGUGCUUGCAGUGCAUCUUUAGCCAAGUAAAAAGGUACAAACCAGCAGUUCCCAUCGAUCCAAAGAGUUUCUCCCACAUUACGCUCACAGAACCGGUUAGGUUUCUAAAAAAAAAAAAAAAAAAAAAGGAGAAAUAAACUGACAGCCUGUAUUGUACCUCAGGGACCUGGACUUUUCAGAGGUGAAGAAGUAAAUACUAUGUUUCUGAGAGGGUGCUGCGAAACACUAAACGUUGCCGAAUGAUUGUGAUAUUUCUGUCAUCAGUAGCGUCAUUCCGUUGUAUCUGCCUCUGCAGUUUGAAAUGCAUUUUUUUUUUUUUCUCACCUAAGCUGUGCCUUGCUCCAGUUGUUCGUAAGCAAAUCGUUUACUAGCUCAGAAUACCUUUGCCAAAGUUAAUGGGAAAGUAAGGUAUCAUUCUUUAGGGUUAUUUAUACUAUCUAUUGCAUACAAUACUUUAAAUGGCAAUUAAAGUGCAAUCUUCAUUUAUUUAUUUUUCAAGAAAUUAAGAGAUGUAGUUAUGUACUAUUUUUCCCUCUCUUGUAGCAUGAGUUAUUUUUUAUGUAUUGUAGAUUAACGAUAAAGGCCAGCAUUCCUUUCAUUCAUAAUUCUGGUUAUGUUUAUGUCUUUCUUUAAUUGGGAACAUGUUGCAUGUACCAUGCUGAAACAUUUAUAUAUAACCAAAUGUCUGUUCAUCUCCUAUUACAAAGUGCCGAACUCCAGUUAGUUGUCUUUUCAUAGAGAACUGUAGCAAAUGUUUUUUUUUUUUUUUUUUUUUUUUUUUUUAAUAAUUUGUGAGUGUGUAAUGGGACAUACAGUACAUACCUACAUUUGGCAUUGCUAAAGAGUGUUAUGACGCUUAUGUUAUCGUAUAGUUUGCCAAAGCGGAAGCUUGUCCAUUUUAUGUUGCUUUUUAUUGUUACUUAAAGGAUUACUUGAGAAAUCCUUUGUGACACUAUAACAUCAUUUCUUGAAAAGGAAAGUUAAACUUCAUCUGUGACUACACUUUUUUUUUAGUAGUAAAAAAAAUGUGCCAUUUUUUUGAACAAUCCUUCAGAGGUGAAAUCUUACAUGCCGUUUCACGCCGAAAGGAAAGCAAAACAAUCAAACUGUCAUUUCCUUUUAUUUUCCGGACAUGUCAUAGCGCAAUAGUGAAUUUAUUCCAGUAUUUUUGCUAAGGAAUUAUAUAUAGAGAUAUAUAGUAUGACAACUAACAGAAAUGAAGCACUUUUUAAAGUGAAACAUUAAUCUUUAUUAGAUUUAUCUUGAUAAAACUGUAUUUCCUAGUCAAUGUUGCUAUUGCUUUCACAUGGAGAGUAUCAUGCAGUAAGAAAUGCCUGUUAAACUGGCCCACACAGGCUUGAACAUAUUUAGUGAAAAGUCUGAAAGUACAUUGGGGUCCUUUUUAUUGUUUUGUUUAUUGCCCAUUAUGUAGUGUUUGGUCCUAACCCGUGAUCUAAAUUUGUAUGUUUUCUGUUUGUCUGUUUUCUUAUUGGUAAAACAACACACGACAGUUUUGUGGCCCAAGUAUAGUUUUGUAUUUUUAUAUGGUAUUUUUAUUCCGUUUUCUCUGUUUUGUUUGUGCUCUGAAAAUGAAUUUGAAAGGAGAUCGGUCCGCUCUGUCAUCCCAAGAGAAGUGUAUAGAACCGUAAGUGUAUUCAACUAUUUUCCCCCCUAAAAAGUGUAUUUUUAUCUCAGUUUUAAAAAUAUAAAAAGACAGAAAAGGAAAGAUAUACAAAACAUUCCAGGCUUGUCAUGAUCUACAAUUUUUAAAGUCAUGAUUUUUUUCUCGUAUUGUAAAUGUUAGACAAAUUCAUAUGCAUAUAUAUAAAAGAAACUGCCAUAUCAAUGUUAAUGUAUAGAUUUUUGCAAAUACUACCCUAUGUAAGACUUAUCUGUAUCUGUAGCGUGUAUGUAAUAUAUUUAUACCCAAUAAAUGUUUUACUUUUUUCUGACA